AUGUCGUCAGACGAAAUUGUUUGGCAGGUUAUCAAUCAGCAGUUUUGCUCCUUCAAGUUAAAAACGACGAAAAACCAGAAUUUUUGCCGGAACGAAUACAAUGUCAGUGGUCUGUGCAAUCGGCAGUCGUGCCCGCUCGCCAACUCUCGAUAUGCGACGGUGCGGUCGGACCCCGAGACGGGGGUGAUGUAUCUGUAUAUGAAGACGGUGGAGCGAGCCCACAUGCCCAGCAAGUUAUGGGAGCGGGUGAAGCUGUCAUCGAACUACGUGAAAGCGCUGGGCCAGCUGGAUGAGAAGCUGAUCUACUGGCCGAAAUUUCUGAUCCACAAGUGCAAGCAGCGUCUCACGCGGCUGACGCAGGUCGCCAUCCGGAUGAGGAAGCUGGCCAAGGAGGAAGAACGGCUCGGGGAGACGAUUGUUCCCAAGCUGGCGCCCAAGAUCCGGCGGCGCGAAGAGACCCGCGAGCGCAAGGCCCUGUCUGCAGCCAAGGUGGAGAGAGCCAUCGAGCGCGAGCUCAUUGACCGACUGCGGAGCGGUGCCUACGGGGACCAGCCGCUCAAUGUCGACGAGGGAAUCUGGAAGAAGGUUCUCCGGGGUCUGGAGCGAGCUGGAGAGGGUGAGAGAGACGAGGAUCUCGACGAGGGCGAGGAGCUUGACGAGGAAGAUGAGGAGGGCGUCGGAGAGGUGGAGUACGUCAGCGAUUUCGAUGAAGAUGAGGAGGAUCUCGAGGAUAUCGAAGACUGGAUCGGCGAGGACUCUGCCGACUCGAGCGAUGACUACGAUGACGAGAGCGAGGAGAGCGACGAAGGAAGCGAUGAGGAAGACAGCGAACAGCCCAGCGAAGAGGAGGAGCAGAAGAAACCCAAGCCGGGCUUCAAGAGGAAACGUGCUGCUCCACAGGCCAAGCCGCGCAAGAAGGGCCCUCGGAUUGAAAUCGAGUAUGAGACCGAGGGUGUCGGAAAGGAGAACAUCAUGGCAUGA